AAGUGGUGUUGGUUUUUUCAGUUCUUGAUAAGUCGUCCUCUACUCACCCGUAUUUCUGUAAUUUACCACCACCAACAACUUUUUCCUCCAUUAUUAUUGUCGUCACUUUGUGUUUAGGUCUCAUUCUCACAUUCACCUGGUCGUCUCUUGAACGCUGCAAUUUCUGCAAAUUUGCUUUUCAAUUCAAAUUUCCAAGCAUGAAUAUGAAUUGUCAGGCACUGAAAAUGAACGUGAAUUCUCCUUGCCCUUCUUCUCCUUCGGCUUCAGGUCGCAGAUUUCCACGCCAUAGGUUGUUGCCACGGACAGUCUCGACCUCUCAAAGGGUACAUCAUUGCUGUGGGGUCAAUGUGGAGGCUUUUCUUACAUCUGACCUCUCUGAAAAAUAUAUAGUUGCCAAAUAUUCCUCGCGAUGCUCUGGAACACAAUGUUCAAUCUCUAAGCAACCACUCAACAAAAAUUCUUGGCCCCUGGGAACGAUGGUGGCUUCAAAAUCUCAGGAUGUCUCCGCCACAUCUCGUGUUGGUGAUGAAAAGAUAGGAGUCUUGUUGCUUAACCUGGGAGGUCCCGAAACACUCGACGAUGUGCAGCCUUUCCUAUUUAAUCUCUUUGCUGACCCGGAUAUCAUACGAUUGCCAAGGUUGUUUCGCUUUCUUCAAAGGCCCUUGGCACAAUUUAUAUCUGUUCUGAGGGCACCCAAAAGCAAAGAAGGCUAUGCCUCCAUUGGUGGUGGUUCCCCUCUUCGACGUGUAACCGAUGCACAGGCUGAAGAGUUGCAGAAAUCACUCUGGGCAAAGAAUGUACCAGCAAAGGUUUAUGUUGGUAUGCGUUACUGGCAUCCAUUUACUGAAGAUGCCAUCAAACAGAUAAAAAGAGAUGGAAUUACAAAGCUUGUUGUGCUUCCGCUAUAUCCUCAAUUCUCUAUAUCAACAAGUGGUUCUAGCCUUAGACUCUUGGAAAGCAUAUUCAGGGAGGACGAAUAUCUUGUUAACAUGCAGCACACAGUUAUACCAUCCUGGUACCAGCGUGAAGGGUACAUAAAGGCCAUGGCAAAUUUAAUUGAAAAGGAAUUAGAAAAUUUUGACUGCCCUAAGAAGGCGGUGAUAUUUUUUAGCGCUCAUGGGGUGCCGCUUGCAUAUGUGGAAGAGGCUGGUGAUCCCUACAAGGCAGAAAUGGAGGAAUGUGUAGAGUUAAUAAUAGAAGAGUUAGAGAAGAGAAGUAUAAGUAAUCCCUACACUCUUGCUUAUCAGAGCAGGGUUGGACCUGUGGAAUGGCUAAAACCAUAUACUGAUGAGACAAUCAUUGACCUCGGAAGAAAAGGAGUUCAAAGCCUUUUGGCUGUUCCAAUUAGUUUUGUUAGUGAGCAUAUUGAAACUCUAGAAGAAAUUGAUGUUGAGUACAAAGAGUUGGCUCUAAAGUCUGGUAUAGAAAAAUGGGGACGUGUUCCGGCACUAGGCUGUGAACCCACCUUCAUUUCAGAUUUGGCAGACGCUGUCAUUGAGAGUCUUCCCUAUGUUGGAGCUAUGGCAGUGUCAAAUAUUGAAGCUCGACAGUCGUUAGUUCCACUCGGCAGUGUGGAAGAGUUAUUGGCUGCAUAUGAUUCGCAACGUAGGGAGCUUCCCGCACCGGUGACAGUAUGGGAAUGGGGUUGGACAAAAAGUGCCGAAACUUGGAACGGAAGAGCAGCCAUGCUGGCAGUGCUUGUUCUAUUGGUCCUAGAAGUAACAACUGGGAAAGGGUUCCUACACCAGUGGGGGAUAUUGCCCUUAUUUCCCUGAAUGCUUCUCAACAUGCACCGAGCUGAGGGUAAUGAUAUCCCAUGAAACACCCUCCAUAUCCUCUCUUUUUGUUCUAUUGCCUCUUCAUCGCGCAUGAAGUAUAAUUUGUCACAAGAUUAACCGUACGUACGUAGUUACACUCCAUUGAAUAUGGAAAUAGUCUAUUAAAUUAGGUGCAAUUUGCAACACUUCUGAUGGGUAAUAAGAACUAAAUACCUUCAGGAAGGAAAAUUAAUUGUAUUAUAGAUUUUCUUUUCUUUUUUGAUCUAUGUGCUUAAAGAAUAAUUUUGGAGGUAUGUUCUUUUAUAAAGUUUAGCCUUUUUUAUCGACA